UAUAUAAGCGACAAGUAAUUAGGGUUUUCGGCUGGGAUACAUCCUCUCAUCUUCCUUUGCAACCUUGGCCGUCACUACUCCCUUCGACUGAGAGAGCCCCGGCAACCAUGGCUGAACAAACUGAGAAGGCUUUUCUGAAGCAACCAAAAGUGUUUCUGAGCUCCAAGAAAUCUGGGAAGGGAAAGAGGCCUGGAAAAGGUGGAAAUCGCUUCUGGAAAUCUAUUGGGCUUGGAUUCAAGACCCCCAGGGAGGCUAUUGAAGGAACCUAUAUUGAUAAGAAGUGCCCCUUCGCUGGUAGUGUUUCUAUCCGAGGCCGUAUCUUAGCUGGUACUUGUCAUAGUGCUAAGAUGACAAGGACUAUUAUUGUUCGGAGAAAUUAUCUUCAUUUUGUCAAGAAGUAUCAAAGAUAUGAGAAGAGGCAUUCAAAUAUUGCUGCUCAUAUAUCACCUUGCUUUCGUGUGAAGGAAGGAGAUCAUGUUAUUAUUGGCCAAUGCAGGCCGCUCUCAAAGACAGUGAGGUUCAAUGUGUUGAAGGUGAUCCCUGCGGGAUCUUCCAGUGGGGUGAAAAAGGCAUUCACUGGAGCUUGAAAGUUGAUUGUCAGUCUUCUUUGUAGGUUACUUCAUUUGAUAGAUUGUGCUGGUCUUGUAAGAGAUUUAUUUGGGUAAUGUGACUAAAGUUUUGAUCAAUCCUAUUUACUUUUUUGGGUGAGUUUUUAGAACAUACCAGCUAAAUUUGGGGCUUUUAGUAAUGCAACGCUGUACAUUUUGGCA